AUGAUUGGCCGCUCACUUGCGUCGGGCGGUUCUGAUUGGAUGUUGUGCUUCGCUGGGCGGUUCUGAUUGGCCGCUCGCUUCCGCUGAACUGUAAUCGGGAUCCGCCCCGGCAACACCAACAGCAGCGCGAGUUCCGUCAAACUUACGCUGCGAUCUAUCGAUUCAAUCAGUAAAAGUAUUUUUAAAUAUGAUCAUCUUCAGCUUUAGUAAAACUUGACAGCGGGAAAGCUUCUCAGAUGCGGCGUGUUUAAUCUGCGUUUGUGUUUGUGCUGCGGCUGGAUUUGAACAUCAUGACGCCUGACCUGCUGAACUUUAAGAAGGGAUGGAUGUCUAAACUGGACGAGAGUGGAGAGUGGAGGAAACACUGGUUUGUGCUGACGGACGCUGGACUGAAGUAUUACAGAGACUCUGCGGCGGAGGAGAGAGACGAGGUGGAUGGAGAGAUCGACCUGAAGUCGUGCGUGAAGGUGUCGGAGUUCGACGUCGAGAAGAACUACGGCUUCCAGAUCCAGACCAGAGACGCCGCCUUCACACUCUCAGCUAUGACUGCUGGGAUACGGAGGAACUGGAUCGAGGUUCUGAGGAAGAACGUUCAACCCAGCAGCUCUCCAGACCUCACACAGCUGCCGAUCCUCAGCAGUGAUAAAGAGAACGCUCGUCACCGACUGCGCAGCCAAUCAGAGGCCUCCUCCAUCACCCCAAACCCCGCCCACAGCAAGUUCGACUAUGUGGAGCUAUCGCCCGUAGCCACGCCUCCAACUCCUGCCUCCGCCAAUCAGAGAGAGUCUGGGGAGGGGCAGGUGAAGGAGCACAGCCAAUGGCAGGAGGAGCGUCGGCGUGACGACGCCCACAACCAGUGGGAGGCGGUGCUGUCGAGGAAGGGGGCGGGCCUGUCGGAACAGAGGCGAAUAGAGGAGGAGAUCGAGAAGAAGUGGGCGGAGUUUGAGCGGCUGCCACUCAAGGAGAUGAGGUCACUCCCACCGAUGGGCUCAUCAGCCAAUCAGGCUCUGGAGAGGGAGGUGGCGUCACUGAGGCUGCUGGGGGCGGGGCUUGGGUCGGGGCGGGCGGGGUCAGCGUGCUGUGGGGCGGAGUCUCGCUGCGGGGACAGUCUGCAGCAGAUGGAGCGUGUGCACAGGGAGGCUCUAGAGCAGCUGGAGCGACAGCACACACUGCAGAUCAGCGCUCUGGAGAGAGAGAGAGACUCGCUGCUGAAGGAGGAGAUGGACGCCACUGCGAGAGUGAUGGAGGCGUUACAGAAAGCACACAGAGAAGAGCUGGAGAAAACCACACAACUCUCAGAGACACGUGGGGUGGACACACACACGCUUAGCAAACAACAACAGGUAGAAGUGGCGUCUCUGCGGCGUGAGCUGCAGGCUCUGUCGGAGCGGUUCUCUCAGAAGUGUCUGGAUCUGAAGCGAGCGCAGCAGCAGCACGAACACACUCACACACAGAUGAGCCUGAGAGACCGACAGCUGGAGCAGCUGAAGAGAGACAACCAGGACUUGCAGGCCCGCCUGUCGCAGGAAGUGAAGGUCGUUCGCUCGCUGGUCACAGGUCAAGGGUCAGACGCAGAUGGCAGCGAGAGGUCGUGGUGUGAGAUGCAGGUGCUGCUGCGGGUGCGAGAGAACGAACUGCAGUAUCUACACCAAGAGCUCAACAGCCUCCGCAACCAGAUGCACUUCCUCACAACGGAGAAGAGCAGUGUGUGCGAGCGCUACCGGGAGGUGUGUGAGGAGCUGAGUGUGAUGAAGAGUCGCAGCGAGCGAGAGGCCGAGGCUCUCCGAGAACACCUGAGACUGGCACUGAGCGCUCUGCACGAGAACGACAACAGCCUGCAGCACUGACCGCCGUCACGUGACCCCCAGCUCAGGCCAUCAGCCAAUCACGUGACCCCCAGCUCAGGCCAUCAGC